AUAUAGGCUAGGCAUUAUCUGUUUACCAACACAAUCCGAUCUAGAUUCUAGAUCUAGAUUCUAUAUCAGUAUAUAGACUAUAAAUAGAUCUAGAUCUAGACUAUAAUAUAGGAUAGACUAGAGUAGCCUAGAUCUAAAGGGUUAAAAAAAAUCAAGAGGGAAGAAACAAUGAUGUUUGAAAAGUAUCUGCUUUCAUCAAGUAGUUAUGGGGUUUUAGUUUACAUGAUAUUAACAUCCAGUGUGAAAUGUGAUAUAUACCUUCAUAACCCCAGAGGAAGUAAUAAUCGACUAGAUGAACAGACUAGAGAAAGGACCAAUGGGAACAACAAUUUUGAUUCCCAGAACAAUGACAGGGGAGGAUACAAUGUUGGAUCUUUGUUGUAUUACCAAGGCUCCAUAUUGUCCAUAGAAUGGACCAACCAGCACUCCUGUCAUGGCCCAAAUAACAACUGUGAACUGAUCCUUCAGUACAUGUGUGACAGUGAUGUGAGAGAUGGUGUAACUACCACAACAAUUCCAGCUAAUCGUGCUCAGUGUGAGAAUUACAACUGUGACAUGGACAGACGGUACCGAAUGCAUGAAAAUUAUGCUUACUAUCAAGAGUGUAGUUUAAGGGAGAGAAACAAAGGACUAUUUACUGCAGAUCAAAAUCUAAAAAAUCAAAACUCAGCACGCAGCACACGUCAGAAUCCUCAGGCAACUAGACGGGGCUAUGAGUGUCCAGAAGAGAGAGAUUACUAUCCAUACUGGCAUCCUUCCCCUUGGGUGGAUAUAGCAGUGCUGACAAAUGAUGUGUCACGUUGUUAUUAUUACAGAAAUGAAAGCCAAAAUGUCAAAUCAAGAUGGGCAUGUGUCUUUCCUCCUGCUGUGAUGGAACUUAUAAAUAACAAACUUGUUCUUCCUAACAACAAGAAUGCUUGUGAGACAUUUGAAUUACCUAAAAACAUUGAUAGUGAAAUACGUAAGCCAGUCUGGAAAGAGUUUCCAGCUCAUGGAGUGCCUGCUCCUGAGUGUCGAGAGACAGAAUAUAGUAGGGACAACCAUCUGGGCAAUGGUUAUGGUGGCCACCCACUCAUGUACAACUGGACCAUCCCUAACUACCUGGAGCAUGAGAGCUGUGUCCUCAGAAUCAGAUACAAUAUAUCAACCAAUGAUUAUUCACCUUGGAAUACUUAUGCUGCAGAUAAUGGGAAGAUUCAAUUAGCCCCUACUUUAGGUUUCAACAAUGAAACCCAAGCUUCUUCAAGAGGUUACAUCUUUAAAACAAACCCUGAAGUGAACAUUUUUCCUGGAACCGGUAUCAAUUUAAGCCUUCGCCUGGCUAUUAAUACAGCCCAGUAUGGCAGAGUUUUCCAGGAUAGGUCACACACAUUCGCAGUGCGCAAACGCCCAGAUGAUCUCACUGACUGUAACAUAUACAACUUGAAUGUUCGAGGCAAAAGGGGCAACAUAGUUCAGGUGUACCCUGGUGUUGAGUAUGACUUUGUGCCCAAUGAUCUGAACAUGGGUGUUGGAGAAUGUGUUCAUAUCCAGUGGACAGGUUCCAACACUAAUCCUGGCAAUAAUGAUGGUCAAGGUCUUGCUGGCACUGACAGAAAUAAUAUAGUUCUCCUGGGGCAUCAACCAUUUUCUGAUGGUGUUCAGAGGAGUGGAAUUUAUGGACAUUAUAGUUUGAAUUUACCAAUGAGGGCUGAAAAUAUGACCUUCCUUGGUUGGUCUAAAGAGGAUGCUAUGACUCUAGCUUUUUCUGAUCCAGGCCAGUUUCGAGGUGAAGUUUCUGAGUUGGAUGACGCUGGCACAUACUUCAACCUCCAGCCUAGGAAAGUGACAGCCAAGGGAACUUACCAUUACAUGAGCACAAGAAACAACAAUUUUUCCAACAGAGAUCAGAAGGGCAAGAUAACUGUGUCAUCAGAUAGCUUUGCAGCUCGAGCCAUUGGUAAAAUGGGAGGAACUUUAACACUGGAACCAGGGUUAGCCAAACUGGUAGUGCAAGAGGACACAUUUGGUACACUGCAAAAUGUUAGAAUAGUCAAGAUGAGUGUUGAAGAUGGAAAGGCUGCCCUUAGUGCUGCCAACAGAGAACUUACACAGGGGGAUAGUUAUGCAAGUGACUUCUUUGUCAUUCAUCCCGAAGAACUAAUCUCUGAGGAAGGAAAGUCCUUCACCUUGGAACUGAAACUAAAUGAUGACUCCAGCGGUGUAGAAGUGUACCAUGCUGUCCAGUUUUCUGGUUGGUCCAAAGUUAAUGCUGACAUUGGCAGUGGUGUGGCCAAAUUGCAGGCCACCAGGGGAGGGGUCUAUGUGGCCCGUAAGGAAACAAAUGUUGGAAUGAUCGUCGGAAUAGUUAUUGCUUGCAUCGUUGUGGUGGCUAUCAUUGUGGCAUCUGUGAUUUAUUUUAGGAGAAACCCUAAGAAGUGGCAGGCAAUAGGGAAGACUUGCAGGGCAGCCAAAAGAUCAACACAGAGCAAAGUUUAAGUGUUAGAAAACAUGAUGUCAACCACAAGGUCAAUGUCAAUAAAAUACAAAACCAUUCCUGUAUAUUUUUGGAGGGAAACAAUUACAUGGAUUAUACGCCAUUUUUUUAAAAAUUGUAAUUUAUGGCUCUUUGCAGAGUGAUAGAUGCUGGUCAUCUAAUUAUAUAUGUCAUGUCAACUAUUCAUGAGGCAUAAUGGCCCAAUUGUUAAGGUUUCUAUUUCCUGGUAGUUUAAAUCCUAGUGAAGACUAGGAUUUUAAAUUUAGGAUUUCAGUAUGUCUUAUCUUAUAUGAUACAAACGUUACUUCAAAAAAGAAGAUGAUUACGUCCUACAUGUCAUGCAGAAUAUGUCCUCAAGUUCAGUCACCUUCAGUAAGUGCCUUACAUGGAAAUGUAGAUGCUAUAUGAUAUGCUUGUUAUCUGUUACAUAUACACCAUUUACCAUAUUGACAUUCAUGAGUCUUGAAGCGAGCCUAAACUUUUAACUUUAUAAAUAUAGUACAUAAUUUAUUCCUAUGUUCAUCAAUGCAUUCAUUUAAAAAAAUAAAAAAACAAUCCUCUUGUAAUAAAUAAUUUAAAUAUUCAUGUUUUAGAAAAAAAAAGAAAAUGUUUUACCAUUAAAUCUCAUUGUGAUUCACAUUUUUGCCUAUGAAACAGUCUGUUUUGUAUAAUUUAUUUCAUCUACUGUAGACUACCCAUACUGGUUCCAUUUUUAGGACUAGAAACUUUUUAUGUCAUUUAUUCUGAGUCUUAUUAAUUAUAUAGAUACCUGUUUGCCUACUUUUUGUAAGUUCAUUCACAAGGAGGGAUGCUGGUAAUGAUGUUCAGAAAUGUGCAGACAUUAUUUCCCCCUUAAGUUAUAUGUUCAGAAAUAAUUUUAUUUUUGAAUCCAAUAAUAACUUCUUGGGUGUUAAAAAGUAACAUGGAAAAAUUGGUACCAUAACCCGUUCUCCUUGAGUAUAUAUAUAUCUAAUUUAUCAAUAUUUUGGUAAUUUAUAAAAUGGUUUUUAUAAAUGGUUUAUUGUGAGUUUUUUUUAUUUUAAAAGUGCCAGACUUUUAACUCUUCACUUUUUUUGUAAACUUUUGAAUAUUAUUUAUCAAUGCUUUCAUUAAAAAGAAUUCCUGUUAAGAAAUAAGUUAAAUAUUUGUUUUAGAAAGAAAAAAAAAAAGAGAAAAUGUUUUAUUUACCAUUUAAGCUCAUUUUGAUUCAGAUUCUACCUAUGAAACAUUCUGUCUUGUACAAUUUAUCAAUGUUUUGUUCAUUGUAACUUGGUUUUUAUCAAUGGUUUACUGUGAACUUUUGAUUUUUAAAAGUGCCAUACACUUUUUUUUAAAGCUUCUUUUUUUUUUGUAAAUAUUUGCAGAAAAUCAAGAACAUUUUUUUUAAAAUUUGUAUAAAAUAUUAACAAUGUUAAGAAGAUUAAUGCUUUGUAUUUCAUGUAUGUAAUUUUGUUUUAAGUUUACUGUAUUAUUAUUAUAUACAUUGUUCAAAACAUUCCACUAAAUUUGUAAUAAAAUUACUGCAGGCAGUCAUCAAAA